GAGAGGCUGAAGCGCGCGAGCAGGCGAGUGGGCUCCUUGGCCUAGAGAGGACGUAGCGUAGAGCGCGUGCAUUCGAGUGGGCGCCGGGGCCUAGAGGUGCCGAAGCUGGUACAUAAGGCGGAGCUGGGUCGUGGCGCGCACGCGCACGGCGGGCGGGCGUCUGGAUGGCGUCGGCCCAGCGGUCUCGCGUUCUCCGGUGCUGCAGUUGCCGUCUCUUCCAGGCUCACCAGGUGAAAAAGAGUCUGAAAUGGACGUGCAAGGCUUGUGGAGAGAAACAGUCCUUCCUACGGACCUACGGUGAGGGCUCUGGUGCUGACUGCAGACGCCAUGUCCAAAAAUUAAAUCUGCUGCAGGGACAGGCUUCCGAGCUGCCAUUCAGGUGCGUGAACCCUGCCAGUGAAGUGCGUGUCACUGAAGAUGAUGCAGGCCAGCCACAGGAUGAGAACCGCAGUGUGCAGGACCAUGUUGGCCUGCUGGGAACGGGGCUACAAGUCAGCCUCUGGAACUCUUCGUACAGCCACACCAGGGAGCUUGGUGGUCCUCAAUGGAAACCAGGUCCUGCGUCCUACAGUAAAGCUCCAUCUUCUAAGUGGGCACGAUUUCUCUCAUCACCUGGAAACAGCUCACAUGUGGACACAGAGCCAGCAAGCUCACUCCUGAGGGGCCCCAGUCCAGCUGGCCCAGCAUAUGCUGAGCAAGAGACUCCUGAGACUGAAACCUCAGGGAACGUUUGCUCAAGUUGGCCGCUUGCCACCAUCCAGCUUCCUCAGGCCACAUGCAGCCCAGAGAGGCCCAUCAGGAAGAACCUCGAGGGAUCAUGGGACACAACAACUCCUUGGGUGCAGGCAAAGCCUUUGGCCCAAGAAACACAGAAGGCUCCAUCAGUGAGCCUAUGCAACCUCUUUACAACUGGGGAAGACUUUGAUGAUGACCUGUGAACUGCGGUCAUCACUACCUCUCUCAUUUUUAGACUACAUUCUGAAACAAGAGCUUGAGUCCACAAUUAUUAAAACAUUUUUCACUGCAACCAGUAAAGGACCGCGCAACCUUGCUUGAAGUGUUUAACCUAAGUUUUAAUUGGUUAAAAAUUGGGUAACAAGACAACUACAGAGGAAUUUCUUACUUUAAAAGCAGCUGACAGGUCUGGACAGGAAAAGUAGAGUGAUGGCAGCACUCAAGAAAGAACCUAAGCUAGGUGCUGGUGGCUCACGCCUGUAAUCCAAGCUACUCAGGAGGCUGAGAUCUGGGGAUUGUGGUUCAAAG